GUGUGUUCUUCACUGGUUGCCCUUUUCUCGUGGCAACAGGUCACAAAUCUUGCUGCUCUCUCUCUCUGACACUAAAAAGCUUCCUUUUUCUGUAUAUAGUUGGAUCUGUGGUUGAAAUGUCAUAUUUGAUCUUACAGAUGUUGUAUACAGGGGUAUGAAUACUUUUGCAAGGGACUACAGACCCAAUUGGCCCUGGUUAAAAGUUGUGCACUAUAUAUAGGAUAUAUAUAUAUAUAGAGAGAGAGAGAGAGGAUGCCAUUUAGGUUGAUUCCCAUCCCCUGUCCCUGGCCUUGACUCAAACCUUAUUGAUUCAAUAUAUGUAGGGAUGGACACCGGUUCUGCUCUGGUUCCUUCUCACUCUCUUUUUUACGGUCUUGAUUAUGUGGGGUUUUUAUCUGCGCAAAACCACGCCCACGAGUAGCCGAGCAAAAGCCGCGCUGAUUGGACCGCUUGUUCUGACGUUCCUUUUCAGGAAGUAAACGCGACAUUUUCGGGUUUUGCCUAUAUAAGCUGGUAUCAAAAAAUAAGAAAAGUAACUCCUAGCGACAUCAACAGACUGCAAAGCGUUAGUGAUUUACCUCGCAGCCAGUGGACUGAAGAUUGUCGACACUGCUGGAAAUAUUUUCAAGCUAUUAUCUAGCAAGUUUACAUUUGCAAGUAGCUAGCUAGCUCGUCGAGUGUGCUGCUGUGCUGAGACGGACAAACCAUCAUCAACGGUAUUGCUAAUGAACGUUUAACCUCAACUAAAAGAGCUUUCCCCGUUGUCACGUGCGCUACCGUCGCUGCUCUUAAUUAUGCCUCGCGAGUGCGCCGUUAAAACGUGCGACAACAAGCAAAAGACCUGGUCGGCUCUAAUGUUUCACCGACUUCCACUGAGUCAUCCGGACCGAUUGAAACUGUGGCUGAUUGCUCUGAACAAAGAUGCUAAUACGGCGACCGACGACCUCAGAAAGUUACUCGUUUGCUCGGAACAUUUUCUACCGGCGGACUAUUACGAGAAGCUGGGACAGGACCGACACAGCAGGAUGAGAAUCAUGAAAAGUUUCCUGAAGGAUACAGCGGUGCCGUCGGUGGCCGUUCACACGCCAGGACAACGUGGAAUAAUUUCGGUUGAGACGGGAGACGUACCUCCAGGGACUGACUCCCUGUCUGCUGGAGGGGCAUCUGGUCCCACCCCACAACGUGGAGGGUCAGGUGUUGCUACGGCUACGACGGGGUUCCUCUCCCACCGGGGUCUGCAGCUGACAGAGCCUGCUUCAACCUCUGGGGCGUACUUGGCUCUGGCUCCCACGUGUUCACUUAGUGAGGACCUCCCCUCUACGACGACAACGGGAGACUCAUGCAGAUGGAAAAAAACAAAGACCAACGUUCCUGUGACGCGCAGGAAGAAAGGUCAAAUGGACACAGCCGUUAAGAAGACGGCUGUGAAGGACUGUUCCAGUAUGAGCUCUGCUGCUGGUUCCACCUCCAGCCCCUCCACCUCCAUCCUCUCCACCUCCAGCCUCUCCACCUCCAGCCUCUCCACCUCCAGCCUCUCCACCUCCAUCCCCUCCACCUCCAGCCCCUCCACCUCCAGCCUCUCCACCUCCAGCCCCUCCACCUCCAGCUCUGACAGUAGGGUGUCGCCAGGCGAACCGGACGGAGGAGGAGGAUGGAGCGAAAGGAAAUGGAUCGUGAACGAGUCGAAGCUCAAGGAGCUUUUCCAGACGUGUCACCAGUGCGGCGCUGCGUUGCGUAAUCGGACCAUUACCGCGUUGGGCUACAGCCAAAUCAAAGUCACCUGGACUUGUCCCGAUGAGCACCGAGGAGAGUGGCAGUCGUGUCCCGACGCGUUCGGUAUCGGUCACUACCUGCAGACGGUGGGUUACAGAGUGUUGCUGGACUCCAUGAAUAGUCAGUUUGUAAGUAACGACUAAGUAUCUACUACAGUGUGUGUUAUCUAGCAAAUACCAGGGUCGUAGUAGCCUCCUAUUAGCAGACUGAUGACUGCUGCUGCCAGACUGAUGACUGCUGCUGCCAGACUGAUGACUGCUGCUGCCAGACUGAUGACUGCUGCUGCCAGACUGAUGACUGCUGCUGCCAGACUGAUGGCUGCUGCUGCCAGACUGAUGGCUGCUGCUGCCAGACUGCGGAGCAAAACACGAUGGAAACUUACAGGACUUCACUAUGGAUGUACUGGGUUGAGGGGUACCUCUCUAUGGAUGUACUGGGUCGAGGGGUAUCUCUCUAUGGAUGUACUGGGUCGAGGGGUAUCUCUCUAUGGAUGUACUGGGUCGAGGGGUACCUCUCUAUGGAUGUACUGGGUCGAGGGGUACCUCUCUAUGGAUGUACUGGGUCGAGGGGUACCUCUCUAUGGAUGUACUGGGUCGAGGGGUACCUCUCUAUGGAUGUACUGGGUCGAGGGGUACCUCUCUAUGGAUGUACUGGGUCGAGGGGUAC